AUGCCGCGGACUGACCGCCGCUGGCGCAACCUAGUCUUCCUCACUCUCCUACUAUACCUCCUCUACAAUUACUUUCCCUCACCACCUAAAUGGGAAAACAAUCGCUCUGCGAAUCGCCCUGCGCCAACACGCGAGCAGACCACAAAGCCUGAGUUCUUAUACCACUCGCACUUUCGACAAAAUCCGGAUGUCACCUUGGAGAAUCAGUUGGAACAGGCGCUUCUUAACAUCGAGAACCGCGCAUUACUACCAGAGGCUAGGGGUACUGUAAAGAAAAUCUGGCAAACUGGACCGGAAGAUGCAGAGGAAAGGGAAUAUGAUUGUAGGCGGUGGCAGGAGCAGAAUUCGGGGUGGGAGUACAAAUACCUUACUGAUAGAGAUGGCCUUGACUUCGUGCAAUCCCUAAACAGUAUACCUUCUUUGACCGAGAUAUACACCAACUAUCCUGUCUCAAUCCUCCGAGCCGACCUGCUCCGUUAUUUACUUCUCUGGUAUAAUGGCGGCUUUUACGCUGACAUUGACGUCCACCCUAUUCAACCUAUUGAGUUCUGUAAUUCUCUAAAUCCACUAUUUACAGAACAUUAUCAUAAUAUCUCUCUUGCAGUCAGCAUUGAGAUUGAUGAACCUUACGCCUCUACAGCGAUGAAAAAGCAGUGGCACUGGUCGCGAACAUAUGGUUUUAUUCAGUAUACUUUAUACGCGCCUAGGCGGUUCAGUCCGUUCCUGAGAAGAGCUAUCGUGAGGGUUAUUGCACAUUCAGUAAGGCAUAAUCGUGCUAGCUCUGGAUUUUUCCAUGGGCCACGGUACAGUGAGGAGGACAUACUGGAGGUCACUGGGCCGGGGAUGUUCACGGAUGCGGUGCUAGAUGUGCUUUCUGAAUCAUUACCCCAAGAGCAUGACUUGAUGAGCGCGUCUGUAAAAGCAGAUGAGACUGCUGGAGAGAUAAAGAGAGACGACCGCGCACGGGUGACUUGGGCCCCGUUUCAUCAUCUGAAGGAGCCUCUCUGGAUCGAUGGGAAAGCGGGUAGGGGUCAGAGCGCAGAAGGGGAAGGAGAAGCCGAAAGCGUAAGCGGACUUCUGGUGCUACCCAUAAAUGUCUGGGGCAAUGGGCAACGGCAUUCGGGGGCGGAAAUGUUUGACAGUAAGGAGGCAUGCGUCAACCAUCGGUUCGGAAGGACGUGGAAGAAGGGAUGGUGGGAGUACAUUUUUGGUUAG